CUUACUCUGCCAAUUUGGGUGUUCAUUAGAGGAAUAUAAUUACUGUCCCUCAGGUACUGGAUUGGCUUAGUUUUUCAUGGGUAUACAUGCACACACACACACACACACACACACACACACACACACACACACACACACACACACACACACACACACACACACACACACACACACACACACAUAUAUAUGGUAGCAGGUGUAAUUGCAUCUACUACUUGGACUGGUCUAUAUCUCUUUAUGGAGUGAUUGUUGUGGGUGACAGUGCUCAAGGUGUGGUGCUGAGGGUGAAGUGGAGAUCAACGGGGGAGCCGGUAGGAUCUCCAGUCGGCUAUAUUUAUUUGUAAUACUAGCUAUUUUUGAUGAAGAGCUGUCUCAAAAGAAUCGACUGUAGCAUACAGACAGAACAAAGAGAACGCGAAAUAAACAAAUGAUAUAUAUAUGUACUUUUUUCACUGAAACCUUAUUGCUCAUUGGUUACUGAUUUUAGUUUAUAAGAAUGCCAAGAAGAUAGAAUCAGGAAGAGUUUGAUGAUGAAGACAUUUUUGCAACUGUUAAUGAGGAUUACUGUUUGAGAUGAAUAAAAGAAAAUCAAGUGUAAGUCUCCUAAACUAUCUAUAAUACACCGUCUCAGAAUUAACAUCGUUAUCGAUAUUAAACAACAACAUCAACAAAGGUAAUAUCAGUGUAACAAACAGAUAUUACACAAUCGUGAAAGAGACAUAUCUAUUUACAGAUAAGGCAUUCACAUAUAUACUAUACACACACAGACACAGACACGACACUCAGGCGCACACAAGCAUACGUAAACACACGAACACAAACCUAUUUAAUGAUCGAUUACUUUACACUCCUUCCCUCUUUUACACCCCGCUGACGUGGCUCUCUGGCCCUGCUGACACGCCAGGACAAGGCAGCGGGAACAACUGCUGGUGGAAUUUGCACCGUCACCCUGUUCAGAAGUUUCCUCCGCCGCCAUGCCCUCCGCCGCCGCCUCGCCCGCCCCGAGCAGCCUGGAGAGUCUCGAAAGAGGAGCGCCCCGGCGGGACAGGAACCGCGGCGCCGGGAGGACCCACGCGUCUGCCCCGGAGUCUUCACCGCAGCGCCCACAACGUCGAGAGCGCUGGGCUGCCCGCUACACCCUGGCUCUGUUGGGGUUCCUGGGUCUCGCCGUCGAGUAUUCGCUGCGCGUGAACCUCUCCAUCGCCAUCGUGGCCAUGGCGGGCACGAGCGAGGUCGGCGCCGCGACGAACGCCUCCCUCGACAUCUGCCCGCGCUAUGAAGGCGACGCGCAGAUCGAACGGCAGCUGAUCGAAGGCGAGUUCGACUGGGACGAGCAAACCCAAGGCAUAAUGCUUGGGUCUUUCUUCUAUGGCUACACGGCCACCAACUUCCUGGGCGGCCGGGCGGCGGAGUACCUCGGUGGGCGUCUGGUCUUCGGCCUGGGCACUGUCAUCUCCGCCUUCAUCUCUCUGCUGUCUCCGCUGUGUGCCCGGUUGUGCAAAGAGCUUUUCAUCGCGUCCAGGGUCCUCAUGGGCAUCUCGCAGGGAGUGACAAUUCCAGCUCUCUUCUCCCUUAUGGCAGCCUGGUUCCCGGCCGAAGAGAGAGCCAAGUUUGGGCCACUGGUAAAGGGAGGCAUGCAGUUCGGGACCGUGGUGGCUAUGACGGCGGGCGGCUUCCUCAGCUCCUCCUCCUUCCUCGGCGGCUGGCCCUCGGUGUUCUACGUGUUCGGGACGGUGGGCCUGGCGUGGGGCAUCCCCUGGUUCCUGCUGGUGCACGACCGCCCCGAGCGCCACCCGUCCAUCUCCCGGGCCGAGCUCGAGUACCUGCAGGCCAACCAGGACACGGUCAAGGGGGCUGAGGUGGUGUCCAUUCCCUGGAAGGCGAUUUUCACGUCCCCGCCGGUGUGGGCGUGCGUCUUCAUCGCCUGGGGAGGGAGUUUCGGCUUCCAGACCCUGCUCUCUGAGAUUCCGACGUAUCUGGCCAACAUUCAGCACUUCGAUAUGAAGAAGAGCGGCUUCCUGUCCGCGGUGCCGUACCUGUGCCUGUGGCUCUUCGGCGUGGGCUGGGGCUUCUGCGUGGACCGCCUCUUCAGCGCCGGCGUGCUCUCCGUCGUCGCCGUCAGGAAGAUCUCCACGGCCUUCGCUCAUUACGGACCCGCCGUCGCCCUCGUCGUCAUGUGCUUCGUGGACUGCAACUCCACCCUGGCGGUGGUCGUGCUGUGCAUUGCUGUCGGCGUCUGCGGCAGCGCCUAUAGCGGCAACGCCCUCACGGAGCAGGACAUCGCGCCCAAUCUGGCAGGGACGCUGGUGGGGAUCACCAACACCAUCAGCGCCAUCAUGGGCUUCGUCGCGCCCUUCCGUCACGGGCGCCAUCACUCAGGGCAGACAAGGGUCCCUCGGUGCCUGGAGGACGGUGUUCGCCGUCUGCGCCGCCAACUACGCCGUCGCCACCACUCUCUACCUGCUCACCGUGUCCGCCGACGUGCAGUCCUGGAACAAGCCGGACGGGGCCCAAGAGGCAACGAACAAGAAUAAAAGAAAGAAAGAGGGAGGAAACUCAACGAGAAACGCGUAGAUACACAUAGGUGAAGAAUGGUGUGUCUGUCGAGUCGUAUAAAGCGGUGAGGACCUGGGGGCUGGUCCCUUAUCAGAGCGAGACGUGAUCGGCCUCUUGCUUAUUAUUCAUUGUUAUUAUCGUUAUUCCUUUGUAGUUUUUAUUGUUGUUGCUUGAUUUGCUUCCCUAUACUUUUGUUAAUAAUGCAAAGAAUUAAUAAAAAUCGUGUGUAUA